AUGCAUUGUGGAUCCACCCCAAAGACAAUCGACUGCAAAUCCCAGCAUGCCCCAUCGCAGCGACCAGUAUCUUCAUGUCUCGUUUGUUAUCGCGAGAGGACCACAAACCCCACAAUUCGCCACCCUUCCCGUUUCAGAUAUUCCCGCGCUCUGGGACUUGUCAGCAUGUCGGAUGUGUAUGACCCGGCCAGUCUUCCAGACUUACUGCCGCUCUAUUACCGCCGCCUCUUCCCGUUUUCGCAGUAUUUUCGGUGGCUCAACUAUGGGGGUGUUACCAAGAACUAUUUCCAGAAUCGGGAGUUCUCCUUUACCCUUAAAGAUGACAUCUACGUGCGGUACCAGUGUUUCAGCAAUCAGAGCGAGUUGGAGAAGGAGAUGCAGAAAAUGUGCCCAUACAAGAUCGACAUUGGAGCGGUCUACUCUCAUCGGCCAAACCAGCAUAAUGCUGUGAAAUCGGGAAGCUUCCAGGCACAGGAGAAAGAGCUAGUCUUUGACAUUGACAUGACGGACUAUGAUGAUGUGAGGAGCUGUUGCAGCUCUGCUGAUAUCUGCCACAAGUGCUGGACAUUGAUGAAGAUUGCCGUCAGAGUACUGGACAGGGCUCUGAAAGAGGAUUUUGGCUUUGAGCACAGGCUUUGGGUGUACUCGGGCCGCAGAGGUGUCCACUGCUGGGUGUGUGAUGAGGCCGCCAGGAAGUUGUCCCAGUCAGCUCGCUCUGCUGUGGCAGAAUAUCUCAGUUUGAUUCGGGGUGGUAGUGAAACAAUUAAGAAGGUUCAGCUUUCAACUCCGGUUCACCCCUUUAUCACGGAGUCACUGUCCCUGAUUAUGAGCUACUUUGAGGAUUAUGCCUUGAUUGAUCAGGAUAUCCUAGGGAGACCAGAGUCUGUGGAGAAUGUUCUGGCAUUACUUCCGGAAGAUAUCCUUUUAGAGACGUGUAGUGAUUUUCAGAAAUAUAAGACAUCUGUGAAACGCUGGGAGUCCCUGAAGAAAAGGGUGAAGCAGGGAAGCCAGAAGAACAGUGCAUUGUUGGAUUCCGAAAUUGUCCUGCAGUAUUGUUACCCACGACUCGAUGUCAACGUCAGCAAGGGUGUUAAUCACCUUCUCAAGAGCCCCUUCAGCGUCCACCCCAAAACAGGUAGAAUUUCUGUGCCCAUUGACACAAGACAGCUGGACCAGUUUGAUCCCUUCGCAGUUCCCACCAUAAGCAUGCUGUGUCAGGAGCUGGACAAAGCUGUGCAGAGUGGUGAAGAGGACGAGAGUGGAAAAGACAAAGAAGGGGAACCGGAACCGAAACGCAGAGUCAGAGACUACAAGAGGACCAGUUUGGGGAAAUACGUGAAGGUGUUUGAGCUCUUCGUGGAGCAGAUGGAGAAGUCCUGGAAAGGGCAGCUGCUGAAACAAAGCGAUAUGCAGGGGGAUUUCUGAACAAGCACGAGGACAGCAGGGAUUUCGACUGCAAUUCUGGCUUAUGAGUGCCUCACACUCUUCCUGUUCCUGCCAUGCUUUUCAAUUCUUCCUUAUGAACUGCACUCAAAACCUAAGAUGGAAAAUUAGGCACAGAGGAUACUCGACACCUGAGGACACUUAAUGAAACCAAGGGAUUCAGAAUGGUUGUACACGUACUUGAUGGUGGUUCUCCCUACUCUCACGCUCCACUUCAGUCAGCCGUGCGUCUCACUUUUUGUCUGUGGGUUGUUUUUUUUUUUGGUGUGUGCCCUUUAUCUUGUCGCCUUAAAAUAAAGAUGGGGUUUCUAAUCCCAGCGUAAGACCUGCUUACUCUGCCCUGCUCGUACACAGGGGUCAGCAGCAGCUACUUGCUUGGACUAGAAGGAAGGUAGUUGUUGCAGAUGUCCCAGUUCUUGGGUUGAAGGAUUACGUUUUUGGUACCAUUUCUCAUGACGUCAAUCUCCUUGUUGUCAGGUGCUCCUGAUGGCUCAUUUGAUGUGACACUUAUUCCAGUGCCGCCUUCACCCCUUUGCCAGACGUCCACCCUGCACACCUUUUCUGUUUGUCUGUCUGUUUUUGUGCUUGCAGUAGGUCAGCUUUGACUGGUAUGCAAAUGCUGUACUCAUUGGUCCUCAUGUCAAGAUGGUGGUGGGGUUGGUGUUAAACUGCUGUAUGCUGUUGGCCUUUUCCAGUUCAAGGCUCUUGUGGCAUCAGUGAAGCUGACAUGUCCAGUUACACAGAGGACUCUCUCCUCUUGCUCCUUUCAUUAUUUGACCUUCUUGGAUUUGCUUUCCUCCAAGGUUAUUAUAGUUAAUGAAAGCUAAAAUCAAAACUGAAACUAUUAUUAAAAAAACAUUUUCAUAAUCUGAAAUAAAAUAAUUAACAAAACCGAAAUGAAAAACUAAAACGAAACUAUUAAAGUAGCGGGAAAGACAGACUAUUUUAUUUCAGUUCGUCUUGAUACAUAAUUCGCCAGCCUCCUCACUCACUCAUUCACGUCUGUCUGAAGACGAAUGCGCAGUCUCCUUCUGCGCAGCUGCCCGAAAAACCUUACGAGACUGACAUCGCGGCACGCCGCGAAAA